AGCGGGCGGGCGGGGCUCCGGAUCCGCCCAAACCCCCGCAGCCUCGUCCGCAGCCUCGUCCGCCUGGCGCCUUCGCCUCUUCAGCAUCACCGCUCGGCGCCUUCGCCUCUUCAGCAUCACCGCUUGGCGCCUUCGCCUCUUCAGCAUUACCGCUCGGCGCCUUCGCCUCUUCUUCAUCACCGCUCGGCGCCUUCGCCUCUUCUUCAUCACCGCUCGGCGCCUUCGCCUCUUCGGCAUCACCGCUUGGCGCCUUCACCUCUUCAUCACCGCCACCACCGCGGCCAUGGCCACGUCCCCGGUGAAGUCUCCGACCGGAUCGCUCAAGGGCAAGAAGGACGACUCCUUCCUUGGGAAGUUCGGCACCCUGACGAGGAAGAAGAAGUCAAAGGAAGUGUCCGAACUUCAAGAAGAAGGGAAGAAUGCGAUAAACUCCCCUCUCUCACCAACUCCCCUGGAUCUCUACCCAGAGGACACCAUGCUUGAGGAGAACGAAGAGAGGAGUAUCAUCGAUCCCAACUACAAGGAUGAGCCAAAGCUGCAGGAACUCAUUCGGGUGCUGAUCGACUGGAUAAACGAUGUCCUCGUCGAUGAGCGCAUCAUUGUGAAGAACUUGGAAGAGGACCUCUACGAUGGGCAGGUUCUGCAGAAACUCUUGGAGGCCCUGGGGCAGCAGAAGUUGAACGUGGCGGAGGUGACGCAGUCGGAGAUUGGACAAAAGCAGAAGCUUCAGACGGUGCUGCUCGCCGUCAAUCACAUCCUCAAGCCCCAGCAGUGGAGCAUCAAGUGGUCCGUUGACUUGAUUCACUCCAAAAAUCUGGUGGCCAUCCUCCACCUGCUGGUGGCGCUGGCCAUCCACUACCGCGCUCCCAUCCGUCUGCCCGAGCACGUGACCAUCCAGCUGCUCGUCGUGCAGAAACGAGGAGGAAGCUUGCAAACGCGUCAGGUGCAGGAAAAAAUCACCACCACCACAGAGUCGAUGACGGGAAGAUUUGAGCGCGACGCAUUCGACACGCUGUUUGACCACGCCCCCGACAAACUGAACGUUGUCAAAAAGUCUCUGAUCACCUUCGUGAACAAACAUCUCAACAAGCUGAACCUGGAGGUGACCGAGCUGGAGACGCAGUUUGCGGACGGGGUGUACCUGGUGUUGCUCAUGGGCCUACUGGAGGGAUACUUCGUGCCUCUGUACGGAUUUUACCUGACGCCCGAUAGCUUCGAUCAGAAGGUCCACAACGUCACCUUUGCCUUUGAGCUGAUGCAGGACGGCGGGCUGGCCAAACCCAAGGCGCGUCCUGAAGAUGUGGUGAACCUCGACCUGAAGUCGACCCUGCGAGUAUUGUACAACCUCUUUACAAAGUACAAGCAUCUGGAUUGAUGGCUGCUGCGGCCUUCCGAGUUUACGCCACCACCUGCAUUGUGGUCUUCCCUGCCAACGCAAACGUCCAAGACUCGUGCGCAAAUCUUCAGAAGGUUACGUUUAGAAACGAUGUAUUUGUUACAGCAGAUUAUAGUGUUUUGUUACAAAAUGCAUUGUUAAUCUGCGCAUCCGAUAUUAAACUGUUUUUUUUACAUUAUUACACCUCAUCACAAUAACCACAAGUUUUUUAAAGACUGCAAUAAACAGGCAUCUUACAGUAGUCCCUCGGUUAACGUUUUUAAUCCGAUCCACAAAAACUAUUGUUAACUGAAAUAACUGUUAAUUGAAUAUAGGAAACAUGUUAAAAGCAUUAAUCCGUUCCAAGAUGAUCAAAAGAUGACCUGUUUGAUCCUAAAAACGUAGUUUAUAAGGCGAAUUACUUUCCUACUCGUUUCCUUUUGCGAAUUCACUUUAGGGGGCAUUGCGUUUACUCUUAAUUCACCUAUGAGUUGAAACUGAAGUAAAAAUCGUCGAGUCUGCAAGAGAGCUGUUUCCACUGCCAAGACAAGACAACGUAAUGUAAAACAAAGCCAGGUCGAAACGCUCAGAAAUAGGCAUCGCUGAUUGGCAGAGGGCAUGGCUCAGCCCCAUUUACGAGCGCUCCGAUUGGCCGAAAUCGGCACCCGCGUGCAUAACGGAAACGUGUCAUUAAUCGACAUUUUUAGGUUCGUCGAAACCAUGGGGUCCUACGGGAGGCGAAACGUGAACCGAAAAGCCGUUCACCGAUGUCGCUGUAAUCCGAGGAGCUACUCUAAUUGCAAAACAAUGCAUGCCAUUAAUCAAGAACUCCUCUUAUCCAAACACUGCUGUUGAAGAAUAGAGCACAUUUGAUAGAAGGCUUAUACCGGAAAAAUGUGUAAAGAUGGCAUUUAUACACUGAGGUGUGCAGACAUUACUUCUCUACACGCCACACUUGGUGUAGCUUGAUGACACACGUGAAUGCUGUUCAUCAUUGGGCAUGAGGUUACCAGCGCAGAUGGAAGAUUUGCCAAGUCUGUUCGUGCAGCCAAGAACAUCGCUUAAGCAGGGAGACUGCCAAUUGAAAGAAAGCACGGAUGCACGUCCAAUGCUUCAACCGGUUACAUUUCAAGAGAUUUUUCUUACUCGUAUGGCCGAUGUUGAUGUCGAGGAGCAACUUUUACAUUGAGGUGGUUGAGCCAGAUAAUUGUCAGGAGUAGCGGAGUGCAUCACUGUGAUGAUGCCUCUUAAGUUCCCUCGUGUUAUCGCCACACCACGGUUUUAAUAUAAUUUUCGAGGUUUGGAUGAGUUGAUUGGCGUUCAAGGCAACUUGUGUUUAGGGCAGAGCAUUACCCAUAAAAUGAUAACCCAUAUUUUACCAGUGCACUUACCACUUAUGUUGCCUUACACAUCAAGAGUAAAUGAAGCAAUAGUGACUAUCCCCUAAAUUGCCUUAAACAAUUAUUUUUUUUUUUAAUUGAACGGUUCCAUAAUUUGUAAAAAA